GGACUUCUUUCGCCGUGGAAUCAUGCGUCCUGCGAAAUUGAUCGUACAUUCACCUAUUGUUUUAUCUACAGCGAUAUACACUGGUGUGAUAAAUGGCUACCUCUAUUUACUUUUUACUACCUUUACGGUGGUAUUUGAGGAGACAUAUGGAUUCAGUUCUGGACUUUUUGGGCUAACGUAUCUCGAGUUCGGUGUCGGUUCCAUGGUCGGCCUAGUGUUUUUUUGGGUACUUCUCAGAUCGUAUGAUGAAGAAUUCUACCGCAAAAGCUAAUGCUCACGCUGCUGAAGCCGGCCAAGAACCACCUGGUAUGAAAUCUGAAUACCGUCUCCCACUUCUGAUUCCGGGUUCCUUUCUCAUUCCAAUGAGCCUUCUUCUCUAUGGGUGGACGGGCGAAUACAAAAUUCACUGGAUUGUACCCAUCCUCUCCACCACUCUUAUCGGUGUCGGUGAUAUGUUUGUGUUCAUGUGCAUCAACCUUUAUCAAGUUGAUGCAUUCACGAUAUUUGCUGCAAGUGCUUUAGCUGCUAACGCACUUUUCAGAAGUGUAAUGGGAGCAGUGCUUCCUCUUGCUGGACAACAGAUGUAUGAGACAUUGGGUCUGGGAUGGGGAAAUAGCUUGUUGGCUUUUCUGGCAAUCGGGAUGAUUCCUGUACCAUUUGCGUUGCUGAAAUGGGGGGAAAUCAUAAGGAAGAAGUAUUCGGGGUUGCAGACAUUGAUCAUAUAUAUUCACCUGGGCUUACCAAAAUCUUUUCAGCAAAAGCACUUGCAUAUGUUCGUUCCAUGUUCCUAUCUCUUUGCUUCGACUUUAGUACUCACUGCAAUUGCAAUGUAAAUCAAGGUGUUUGCAGUAUUUUCGCAACGCCCGAACAAGCAAUCAGUGAUUUCUUCAAGCAAUUCUUUAUUUCGCGAACCUGCACACCAUUCAUGCAUGCUCUACUAUAUAUUCCCAUAUAAGUCAGGAAACUCCAACAAACAAUGCUGUCUAGCCCAUCUCCUCAUCACCAUAAAUCGACCUCCAAAUGGCCAUGACUAACGAUACCAGACCUGCAACCUCAACUACGGAAAUUCAUUUAAUAAUAGAUUUCCUCUCAAAAAUUCGAACAAGAACAUAGACCGAAAUUUCCAAUGACAAUAGAGCUCACUGUGUCAUGGAACCGCCCAUUUCCUGAUCUUAAUUGGCGACAAGCUUCACAGCAGUACGAUGUCGUAGUGGGCUUGCAGCUCCUUCUGCGUGUUUUCUGUGCCGGGAAGGAUGAAAGAACGUAUUGUUGUCUGCUGGUGGGAUUAGACGCAUGUAGUUGAGCUGGCGUAAGUUACAAUCCCUGUUCUUGUGUAGGGUAAAGGAUGGGUGAGAGUAUUAUCUUUUUUAAUAGGGUGUACCAAGAACUAUUGCAAUGAGCAUACCUGUAAUUAUCUAAUCGCAGAGCCUAGUACCGCUUACCACUAGACCAACUACAAUGACAUCAUGCUCCUGACUCCA